AUGUGCCCCACGUGCGCAGUGGGCGGAGAGGAAAUCGAUCACUUGACCUCCAACCUAUACAGCUCGCCGUUUGUAGAUGAUGCCAUUGUCUUCGAUAUUCGGAAGGUUCUGGAGGAACACGAAGAUCCCCUGAUCACGCAAUUCAGCGACAGACCCCGACUGUUCACUCUCUUGCGCAUGCUAGAGUGCGACAACAAUGUAUUGGAGGAGAUCCUGAGCGCUAAUGUCAACGACUAUUGUCUGCCUCUCAACGAGAGUAUAUUCAAAACCUUAAACGCUCUGUGUAACGCGAAACCCUGGGACGAAUUCCGAAAGGCACAGCGGUACCUAUUGUCAAAUCCUAAGCUCAGAAGCCAGGAAAGUUUAGAUCACAAUUCACAGCUGCACCUUCAUCUGGAAAAUGGAAAGCGCACCUUCAAGGACGAAAAGGAAUUGGACAAUGGAGGAACAGCUACAGUCUUCAGAGUGCAGCUUACCACUUUUGAUAAUCCGGACAAAGGACGACUAUACGCCUGCAAACGCUUGACGCGCGACAAGAGAAAUAAACAGGAAAAGCACCUCCAGCCAUUCAUGGACGAGCUACUUAUACUGCGCAAAAUCAGUCAUCCUGACACGGUCAUCCAUCCUCACAUGGUACGACUCGUCGCAAGCUACACGGAUCUGGAGGACUUCGCACUUGUUCUUGAUCCUGUAGCAGACACCUCACUCAAGGAUGUGUUGCAUAACCCCUCCACACCACUUAACCUCGAAAUUUCCACCAACUUACGGCAAUGGUUUGGGUGUUUAGCAUCUGCAUUGGCGUAUCUACACAGGCAGUCCAUACGCCACAAAGAUAUCAAACCAGGCAAUAUCCUUCUGCACAACAGGACUGUCUACUUGUGCGACUUUGGUAUUUCGUUCGACUGGAGUGGGUCUCACCCUACCACAGAGGGACCGUCUGCUAUGACCCAAGGCUAUUGCGCUCCCGAAGUUUGGUAUGCGGAUGCUCGUGAUAACAGUUCAGACAUCUGGUCAUUAGGCCGUGUCUUUUGCGACAUGUUGACCGUUUUGGCUGGCAAACCCAUGACCGAGCUAUCAGAGCGUAUUGGUGGCAAUUUGCGUAGAAUAUAUGAUGAAGAUUGCCUAGAGGAUCUGCACAAAUGGCUGUCUGGUUUCUCACUCGAGAACAUUCAACAUGAUACACUCGCGACGAAUAUCCAGCAAUUGAUCAAGAAAAUGAUGUACAAGGAUCGAAACUCGCGACCUGAUGCCAAACAAGUCCUUCAGUGGUUCUGUAGAAACGAUUCCAGCCUCAUAGGCCCAUGCUGUCAAGGUGGGAGUGGAACUGCAUCGAUCAAGAGACCCGAGGGGACUAUCGUGCAAACUGACUUAGAGGAAACUCCAUCACGACAUCCUUCAUCCCUACCCUCAACUCCUAUCGCGGCUGAUGAUCGCACUUCCAUUCUGAACGAAUCUGUACCUGUUAACAACGAUCCGGUCGUUGUUGUUGUCGAAGAUACAGGUUCGUCACCAAGUCCAUCGCUCGGCUGCGGAUCACCGACGACCGGCCAUCCAACGAGUUUUGCUGAAUCGUCCAUAGGAUCGCAGGGUCUCGUACAGUGGUCAAGCGGACUUGUGCAUCAUCUAAAGCUACCACCCGUUGACUCCUUGCACACAUGCAAUUGUGUUCCUCGACCAAAUCACGACGGGCGAAAAGAGCGCCUUAUUCUAUGUUUACCCAACGUGGAUCUACUCAUCAGGGCGAAGCAACCAACAAUGGAGACAAAUGAGAAUUGCGGCCUCCAAAAGGAUAUGCUAUAUGUGUACGAAUCCUACAGUGAGAUGUCGAAAAUCUGGCUCAAAACGCGCCGACUAGUCGUAAGUUACAAGCACGAGUCUCACAAUCAACGGACGUGCAGCUCGUUCUGGUUACCUUUGACGGAUCUCAACUUCGUGGUCAAGGACAUGAGUCUCACAUUGAGCUGGUCCGAUUGCAACCAAUGGAACCCUGGACCUACUGUGAACAAUAAACGGAGCUGGGACUGCAUAUACGAUUCCGAGAAGCCGAACAAUGAGAUCAUAUUGCUCUUCGCAGAAGCUGGAAUAGCCAAGGUAGUCGAGACAGAUUUUUGUACCAUCUACAGCGGACUAGAUGGCGUUAAGGAAUGGCGCAUGGUUAAUAUUGUGGGCCAGCAAAGACUGCUUGUCGUAGAUUUAUGUGACAACGAAACCCUCGGCUAUCGCUUAGCCUGUCUAGCUACCUACGAAUUGCCUUCCAAAAGCACCUUCCGGGCGUUCAUACACUGGUCGAACCUCGAUCUGGACAUUCAAAUAAAAUCCGGCGUUAUGGUCAUCCGGUUCGACCAAGUAUCGACUCCUCACUACUACUCAGACAUCAACAACGAGCCUUGGAAGGACGAGACUAAGAUUGCGCAAUACACAGAGAGCGCAUUAGUGUUGAGUGAAUACUCGAUGACGUUUCCGUGCAGCUUUGAGAACUCUACGUUCUUGCCUGAAGGUUUGAAACAAAUGUUCGAAUCUCUUACAGGCUGGACCAUGUGCUUUUUUGCCUCCGAUGUGGAAAUAAAGAAGAUAAACACGCUGCCAAAGACGAACUACGGAGAGUCAGACGUUAUUCUAUGGAAACGAUGCUUAGAAGUCCAGUCAAGUGUACGACAGGUGGCACAAAUUUCAUUCCGUCACCGGAAUCGCAGGCCGGGAAAAGGCUAUCUCUGGCGCAGCGGAUCAGUGAACGUAGGUGAGAUGACCAUCGUUGACUCUCAGCAAGCCGUAAUCAACAUAUCAUGCAAAUCUCAUGGCUCUCAACUGGACACAACUACUAUGACUGCAAUAGAAGUAGGCGACGACGGAUACCCGGUCUAUCAGCCUGAUGAUGCUUCAUCGACGAGGCUCAAUCUGCGUUUUAGGAGUGAGAGCGAUCUGACAGAGUUCAUGAUCAGAUACCAGGAACUACAACAGGUUGUCAAAUCGCAGGCGUUGCUGAGGGUGACAACGACCGCAUCAAGCCGACUAUCCAGCAGUAGUCGAAGGAGGGACUCAGGAACUGCGCACGCCAAUCGACGCUCAUCUUGA